ACCAGAUUCAUGGUCGGUUUUAUUUAGUCAAGUUUCGAGCUUCUUAUAAACUAGAAAAGAAAGCGGCCGACAAGCAAGAUCAGUCGAUGACUGUCGCUCAAUCUCGUAUAAAGAAAGACAUAGAUCAGCUAAAGGCAGAUGAACAUCAAAUACACCAGAAACUAAUGUGGUUUUCGCAGUGUGAUGAGCAUAUAGAUUGGCGUAAGGAAGAAAUCAAGUAUCUUGAAGCGAUUCUAGGUAAAGUGGAGCUUCGUUUACCGAUGAAAUUCAGUGCCGAGAACAACUGGUUUCGUAUGUUGGACCGAUCAAAAAGAUGGCCAAUGGGAUCGAAAAGGCUGAUCAAGAAAGAUAGGAAGGACAUGGACUAUUUGGAACAAGUCCAGGAAGAGCUUCUGUCUUCAAAGAAAUCCACUGGAAUGACAUCGUGCGGUACACGAGAUCUUAAUCAUCUGAUCGGGAGCAUGGAGCACGGAAUCCGACAUGGGAACAAGAAUCGGGCAGACGAAAUGAAAAUGUAUAGUGAAAUAAGAAACGUCAUGGAAACAAGAGAAGUAUACAAUGCACCAGAACCCGACCCUCCUAGUUAUUGGUACCCGAGAGAAAGAUUGUCAAAGCGUGAUAUAGAUUCCAAUCGUUUCAUACAACAUAAAAUAAAGAUUCGGCUAGACGAGAUUGAGAAAAUAGAGAGGGAUCUAACAGGGCGUAAACGUAGAGUUAAACGACUUAAAUCAGAGUUGGAAUUUGUGAGAAAAAACAUCAGUCAUUUACAGAAGGAGCUUCAAGAUGUUACCUCAAAGAGACUCAAAGCCUACGAACGUGCAUACGAGCUUGGAGAACAAAAGAAAGAACUGAAAUUAGAUUACAAAGAGUAUCAGUUGCUCAGAAGAUAUGCGAAAAGCCUUGCACGGAAAAGGGAUGUUGUGGAACUAAAACAAGCAUGUGAUACACAGGUUGAAGGGUUCAUGAGGCAAUGGAACGAUAGUCAAGUAUUCAGGAACGAUUAUGAACGACGGAAGUUGUUCUCGGUUGAAGAGAUAACAUUUGAACAUGUUCUAGUUUGAUGCCUUUUUACUUGGUUGUUCCAUGAAAUUUGCUACAUUUCAUGAAUAAUUUCAUCUGUUGGUCUUGGGGUUAUUUACUUACAGCUUAAUGAGCUUAAUGGUCUGGACGGCUUAUUCGCUCAGCCAUACAUACGGCUUAGGGGCUGUUCGGUUUGUUUUCUGUUAAGACCUAUAUGGAUGUAGCGGUCUGUAUUGAUAUAGUUGUUUGUAUAUUAACA